AUGAUUGCCAAUCCUUCACCACAGGUUGAUAUCAUUCCAACAUCAUCAAGACGAUUUCAUUUAAAAGCUAUCGUUUAUAUUUUUGUAAUAAUUUUUGGUUUGGGUACAUGGACAAACUUAGCUGGUCUUUGGGUUGAAUUACCAAUAAUUGUUCCAAUAUUACCCGAAUCAUGGCAAUUACCAGCUAAAUUGACUUUGAUUAUUAAUGCAGCUAAUAUCUUUCCAAUUCUUCUUGUUUUUGCUUCAAUCAUUUUUAAAUUAAACACUGCUCCAUUUGAAAUUCCGGUCAAUUUUGUUCUUCUCGUUACUAGUACUACAUUGGCUGUUGCAUUCGCUUUUUUAUGGGAUAAAACAGCUUAUCUAUUUGGUAGAGAACAAAGUGUUUGUUUAAUGUGUCUAUGUUUUUUCACAGCUGUAGCUGAUUGUAUAUCUUCAACAACAUUUAUUCCAUUUUUACAUCGAUAUGAACCUCUAUAUUUAAAUGCAUAUUUUACUGGUGAAGCACUUACUGCUCUUCUACCAGCAUUGGUAGGCAUUAGCCAAGGCAUUGGAACAUCAGAUUGUGUUAUACCUGAUGAUAAAAUUAAUCAAACAUUGAUUGAAGUUCAUCAUCCACCUCGAUUUUCUGUUCGAACUUAUUUUCUUUUAUUAAGCUCUUUACCAUUAGCAGCUCUUCUUGCAUUUUCAAGUCUUCAUCUUAUGAAAACAGGUCGGAUAGAAAAAAAAACAGCAAUAAAAAAAUCGAAACAUCAUCAAUCUCGAAUAUUUAUUCUAAUGGAUAAUAUACAAGAUAUUGGUAUAAUUCAAAAUACCAUGAAAACAAUAGAUAAAAUUGAAAAUCAAUUAGAAACUAACAAAAAGAAAAUACAAUCAACAGGAUUUGCUACAUCCAAACCAGGAUUCUUUUUAUUUAUAGUAUUUCAAUCGAGUGCUAUGUUAUAUGGAAUAUGUCCAGGUUUAACAACAUUUUCACUAAAUGCUUACAGUGCAACAACAUUCCAUUAUACAAUUAUUGCAAAUUCAUUUGCUUAUCCGAUUAUGACAUUAAUUGGAGCAUUUAUUCCUGAAGUAUCACCAAAAUCUAUCAGUUUUCUUUACAUGACUCAUACAAUUUUUUUUGUAUAUAUUUUUCUAACAGCUAUAUUCUCACCAUGUCCUCCAUUAGUAAACAGUAUAUUGGGUCAUAUAAUUAUCUUUUUCGUAUGGAUUUUAAUUUAUUUAACUGGUUCUUAUAUACGUAUUUUGAUGGGAAAUUACUUUCGAAAGAAAAAAGAUCAUCGUGGUCUUGUAUGGUUUGGUCUAGCAACGCAAAUAGGUGCAUUUGUUGGUUCAUUUAUUAUAUUUAUUCUUACGAAUAUUUCUGAAUUAUUUAAAGAAAGAAAUAUUUGUGAUAAAACAUCACAAUGUUUUUAA